CCAGUUCCCUUCGUAAAGUCAGAGAGUGGUCCUCUAGUGUGUGCGUUCCUCGUGUAGAAAACGUUCUCGUUAUGGAGGGUGAUACAGGAAACAAUUCAAACGAUGAAGUUGACUUCAAGAACUUGAUUGUUGAAGAAAAAUGCAGUAUAGUCCUAGAAGAGUGUGACACAGACUUAAUUCAAGACAAUACUAACGACAACAGUGUAGAUGGCGACACGAACAAAAUCACUAUGACUCGAGAGGAGAAGUUUAGACUGACGAACAAGAAAUGUGAAAGGUUGAUAAAGUACCUCAGUACGGGUUCACACGUCCGGGGAUUGACACAGAAUCAAAAGCGAAUCGUAAGGUCUCAAGCCAAAAAUCACAUAUGGGACAAAUCGAAGAAAUUACUUUAUUAUACAGCCACGAAAGAUGGCCGAAGAGUAUUGGUUGUUAGAGAUGAGAAUCAGGUUGACAGUAUUAUCAAAACUGCCCAUUUAAGAAGUGAUGGAGGUCAUCAUGGAAUAAAUGUCACUGCUGGGAUUAUUGCUGCAAAAUACUAUUGGAACAAUAUGAGAAUUGACGUUAUGGACUAUAUAUCAAAAUGCUAUCAUUGCCAGGCCAAAAACAGAGGUUCAUCCAAAAAGAUGAGAGUUGGAGAUGGAGUCGACUUGGGAGAUAUGGAAAAUGAAGAGGAUGAGGAAUUCACCCAUGAUGCAACCAAAGCUCUUAUUGAAGCAAUUCGAAAUCGUUAUGGUCAGUUGUCAGAAAGACAUAAAAGGCCUGUUGUCUAUAAGGAAGUGCAAGAGGAACUGGCCCAAAAAGGAUUUUAUUUCAAUAAAGAAAGAGUAAGACGUAAAUGGAAUACUCUCAUUGCUAUGCACAAGAGAAUGCGUCGUGAAUUUUUCGAGGUAAACCCAACAUGGGAAUACUAUCAGAUGAUUGAUAGUUUCCAUGGAGACACCGAUUAUGGUAUGCAGGAUGACAAUGGCACUGCUCAUUGUUCAAAUGAAGUUAAUUGCCUUAGAUCAAGUGAAGAUAAGAGCACCUGUACAAAGCUAAACAACAGUAAUGUUGAAAAUGUAAGUUCUCUGCCAUCCCAGCCUCCUGCAUCUUUGCAAAACAGUGUUUAUGUACCCCCUGAAGUCACAUGCUCGACAGCCCAGGUAUAUAAUGUUACCAUGAAUUAUGGAAACACUCAUCCUAUUGGUGGAGAGCACACAUACACAAGCAAUUUGCAUAAAGGUGGACCUUUUGUUUCUCUUGGUAGUAACUCUGCUGUCUUCAAAGGAAAAAAGGAAGUUUCUAAUGUGCAAGGACAUGUUGCAUCCCAGCAAGGCACAAGUGUUUUAACUAAACCAAUAAUGUUACAGAGUGGAAAUUCCAAAACUGUUGCACAUAAAGACAUCAACUCUGGUAUUAAAACAGUUCCUAUGGUUUUGAAAAUUGUUCCAGAUUUGUCUGGUGUUCAAGGUGUUAAUGCUUCUCAAGUACAACCUAUAACUGUUGUUGGUGCAUUGUCUGGAAAGAAUGAAGUGAAACAAAUUUCAAACCCAAAGUUAAUCUUGAAUAAAUCUCCCCCUGCUCAAAUUCCUAAUUCAAAAAAUUCCCCCACUGAAAUUAUGAGUAGGCAGGAAAAACUUAAAUUGAAAACGCUAUUGAGUAUAGAAAAGGAACUGAAGAAUUUAUCACAAAUACAGCGAAAUAUUCUUAAGACCCAGGAACAGAUAUUAAAUGCUGUUACAGGAAAUGCUACUUGUGAAAAGACUUUGGGUAUCAACAAAAGUCAGGAAAAUUCACUACCACUAAAACAGGUAAGGAAAAGAUAAUAAAAAGCUAAUAAAUUUAAGCAGGGAUUCACAAGAGAAAAGUGUCGAUUGUCGUACUGAAAAAUUCAUCAAAAUGUUUUUAACCAAUAUACAAGGAGAGAAUAUUAUAAUAUAAGUAUUUACAAUACAGUUUUAUAAUAUAAAACUAUGUUUUACAUGCACCUUUAAUUGCUGUGAGGACCAGUGACUGAUUAGUUAGAGUAAAAAGAUAACUGUCAGUGGUAAAUAAUAACAAUUAAUCUAUGGUCGCAUUGAGUCAAUUCACCUUCCUUUAUUUUAGUCUAACCUUCCCAUCACUAUGACCAUCCACUGGGUCAUUUGAGGAGGAUUUGUAAAGCAGUAAUAUGGACAUUAUUCAAGGAAACGAUUGUAUAAAAGUUGCCUGAGGUAUCACCAGAGUACAUUUUACAAGAGGCGUUUGUGAAUUUUUUCAAGUAUACGUAUACAGGUACGCUUAAAUGAAACAUGAAUCUUUUUGUAUCAUCCGAAAUAUAAAACUGAGCAUAAUGGUUGCCAAGUAGUGUUAAACUUUUUUAUUUCCCGUGUCAAACAGGGUGAGAAAUAUGCAAAUUCACAGCUAACAUCAUUCUCCUUAUGGGUUUAAAUAUGGUCUCUGAUGCAUUGGCAUAAUUUUUAACCUGUGUGGCAUGAACUGAUUUUUUGUUUACAUUGCCUAACUCAAAGCAAGGAGUGGUAAAGUUAACAGUGAUGUCAACACUAGCUACUCGGAGUGGUCAUCAAAAUUACCUGUAUACAGCAUAUAACCUCAGACCUAGCUAAUAAGUUUAACAGUCAUAACAUUUUCAGAAUAAGAAUGCGAAUUACAAACAUUUAUCAAUUUAUCUUUGAAUUUUUGAAGUUUUAGUCUAUGUUCAAACUUUAUUUUUAGCAAGUAAAAAAUCAACCAGCUUAGGCCUAGGAACAAAUCUUGGCAUUGACAAUAAUGUAAUUUUGUAAGUGAUUAUUUGCUAGUAGACCAUUAUUUUGGAGUGAUUUUUUAAAAAAUAUAAUAAAAAUCAUGUUCUUUAUGAAAAUCCAAA